UGAUUAAGUUAUCUCAAGUGUUGCAAGUGAUGAGUGGAAAUAUAGUAUUCGAUAAACAUCAAUCAAUACCAGAUAUAAGCGGUCCUUUUUUAAGUAAAAAUAACUAGCGGUGAGGAAGUGUGAACAAAAGAAAUUAAAUUAAGAAAAAUGGUGUUGAGGUGGUGCAUGAUUCAUCUACUUUUCGGUGUUGGUUUAAUGGAUACUCAGAAGCCGAAUAUCAUCGUAAUUAUGGCAGAUGAUUUGGGCUUCAAUGAUGUAGGAUUCCAUGGCAGUGAUGAAAUUCCAACUCCUAAUAUAGAUGCUUUAGCCUAUAAUGGAGUAAUAUUAAAUACGCAUUACACUCAAGCACUAUGUACGCCAUCAAGAGCUGCUUUCCUCACUGGAAAAUAUCCCAUACACACAGGUAUGCAACAUUUGGUGGUACUAGAGAUGGAACCUUGGGGACUUCCUCUGAAUGAAACGAUAAUGCCGCAACUAUUAAAACAGAACGGAUACACUACGCAUGCUGUUGGAAAGUGGAACUUGGGUUUUUUCAAAAAAGAAUAUACACCGACUUUUAGAGGAUUCGACACACAUUAUGGAUAUUGGCAAGGGUUCCACGAUUACUACACGCAUAUGAACAAAGCAUCGUGGUCAACCGAAAUUGGUUACGACUUCAGAAGAAAUCUCGAAGUCGACUACGACGCUAAAGGCAAGUACAGUACGACGUUAUUUACUAAUGAAGCUGUAAAAUUAAUACACGAACAUGACACUAAUAAUCCGAUGUUUUUGUAUUUGGCCCAUAUGGCACCGCAUACUGGAAACGAAGGGGAACAACUUCAAGCACCUGAUGAAGAAAUUGCUAAAUUCGCUCACAUUAAAGAUCCAGAACGACGUAUCUACGCAGCUAUGGUUUCCAUGUUGGAUCAGAGCGUUGGAACGGUGAUAGCGGCUCUACGAGAAAAGCGAAUGCUGCAAAACUCCGUUAUUCUCUUUUUUUCGGACAACGGAGCCGCACAAUUCGGUUCGAGUUAUCCCUUAAGAGGGAAAAAACGAUCGGCAUGGGAAGGAGGUAACAGAAAUCUAGCAGCAAUAUGGAGUCCCCUCAUUCAAAAACCUCAAAGAGUUUCCAAUCAGUUGAUACAUAUCAUAGACUGGUUACCAACAUUCUACUCCAUAGCUGGUUUAAAUAAAACGGAAAUUUCAAAUACUGAUGGCAUAGAUAUGUGGGAAUCGAUUUCCGAAGACAAAGAGAGUCCAAGAAUAGAAAUGGUCUACAAUAUCGAUACUAUUAGGAAGUGGGGAGCAAUCAGACAAGGUGAUUGGAAAUAUAUAUACGGCUCUACAGGCAAAGAAAAGAAUUCGUGGUUCGGAAAUGACGGCAAAAAAAAGGAAUAUUCUUAUGACAUCGACCAAAUAUUAACUUCAAAAACAGCGACAGCCUUCGCUGGGCUAAUUACUGACCAGCAGGUUAAAGACAAGAACUCAAACAGGAGAAAGAGAAGAGAACUUAAAAUAAUCGAUCAAAAUGAUAUUGAAACGUUAAGAACGCAAGCCACAGUUACUUGCGGGCCGUUUAAUUUUGAAGAUCAACCAGAAGAGAAUAAAUGUAAUCUCCAACUUCCGUGUUUGUUUAACAUAAAGGAAGACCCUUGCGAAAGAGUAAAUCUAGCUAAAUCUAGACCGAACAUCGUAAGAAAUUUAGAAAAACUUCUUGUGGAUUAUAGGAAAAACAUAGUGCCUGCCCUAAAUGCAGAUCGAGACCCCAGGGCGAAUCCUAUCAAUUGGAAUAACACUUGGUCCAGUUGGCUAGAUUCCGAUUAUAUUGUUAGAAGUAAGGUACCAAACAGUUUUAAGACUAUUUCGACGAUGAAUAUCAUUAUAAUUGUAGUUUCCUCUAUAAUUAUACUCUUUAUUGUAUUUCGUUUAUCUUCUAAACUAGCUGAUACUAAAGCGAAAAAGAGAGAACAGAAACGAAAAGCAGAAACAUUAUUGAGCAAUAAUAGUGUUUAAUAAAUAUAUUUUUAUAUUUUCAUUGGAGCCCUUUAUUUGAUAAUGUAUUUUUAGGUGAGUGGAAAAAUGAUCGAAUCGAAUUGAUCAAAAUUAUAAAUAGUCGAAAGUACAAAUGAUCAAAAAUAUAAUUGCUCGAAAUUAAAAAUGAUCGAAAUUACAAUUAGUCGAACGUAAAAAAAAAAGAUCGAAAAGUACAAAAGAAAAGGGCAAUCAUUUAGACGCAAAAAAAUUAUACAUAAAACGAGAAAAAGUAAAAGAAAACUUAACUAAUUUAACCAACCUAUGCGACCUGGAACCAUUUAACUUUUACUGGUUGGGUAAUUUAGUUAAGUUUUGUAUUAAUCAUUUUAUGUAAACAUUGUUUGCGAAAUAUCCCGCAUAACUCCAGGUCGCACUGUCAGGUAAAAUAGUAAAAACAACGCUGUUUUAAUCAGGUCCUAGUUAGUUAGACCAUAGUUCAUUUAGGCGCUGUUUCGCUAGGCGAUAUUUUGAGUAAGCAACAACUAAUUUACUAAUUUUGUAAUUUAAUGCUUUCGAUCAUAUACCAUUUUGAUCAUUUAUACUUUCGAUCAUUUGUAAUUUCGCACGUAUGCGAUUUCGAUCAUUUGUUCUACUUUCAAUUUUUUUGGUUUCGAUAUUUUGUCACUUUUGACCUUUUGACUUUCGAUCAUUUUUCCGCUCACCGCCUUUUGAUCCCACUGAAAAAUAAAGUAAAAUGUCUA